GAGGCAGCCGGGCAUCCCCUGGAAGUACCGAGCGGCUGUGUCAGCAGUUAAGCUGCCGGGGAUCUUUUCCCUCUCGUCCUGCCUGCUUCCCAUAUGUUUUGAACUCCAAUGCCCAUCGCGCUUGACUCGCGAUUGCUUUCUGGGUGGCUGACGAUGGGGAUUGUGUUGGAAACCUUUGGGUGCAACUGGGUUCCUUGUAACUACCAAGCUGCUGUCUCCAUAUAUGCAGAAAAGAAUACUAAUAGCAGCUAGUGGGAGAGCAUGCUUAUUUAAGUGAGAAAACUAGGGUGGAAGAAUCACCUUUACUAGGUUGCAAUGCCUCACAUCUGUUUUUGGUCCUCCAUUGUGACAAAGCUGAAUUUGGUGGUCGUGCUGCUUUUUAUAACAAGUUUCUCUUCAUGCUUAAAUGACAGAGUUGCAGAAUUUGCUUUGACAAAAAAAGAAGAGGGUGAUUUAAAAGAACAAAACAAGGAAGAAUUGGAGGUGAUCGAGGAGGAAGAAGAGGUUCUUGAUUCUGAAGACUUGGAAGUGUUUUAUCCAACAAAUCAGUGGCAGACUGUCCGGCCAGGUCAAGCUAUUCCUGCAGGACUACAUGUACAAUUAAAUCUUCAGACUGGAGAAAAAUUAGCCAAACUUCCAGAUGACUACAAAGAAAAAAGUGACACAAAAGACUCUCCAAAAAGUAAAAGGCUAGGCCAAAUAGAUAUUGACCCAAAUUCAUUCACAACGCAAGAACUCAAAAAGGCCUUGGCUAAAAUGAAAGAAACCACGAAGGCAGACGAUACACCAGAAGAAAAGACUCAUCGGGAAGACAUCCGACGUAGAUUCCGUCCCAUCGAAAAGCUAAAGGAAGAAUUCAGAGAGCUCAAUUUGCAGCUGGAAACAGACCUUGAAAUUAUGCUUAAAUUAAUCAACAAAUUCAACAACUCAGCUUCAACGCUUGAGGAGAAGAUCACAGCACUUUCCGAUCUGGAGUACUAUGUCCAUCAGGUGGAUAAUGCGAAAGAUCUGCUUUCCCUUGGUGGGCUGCAACUUUUGAUUAAUGGGCUAAACAGCAGUGAACCACUGAUGAAGGAAUAUGCCUCUUUUGUAUUGGGAGCUGCACUGUCCAGCAACCCCAGAGUGCAAGUUGCAGCAAUUCAAGGAGGUGCUUUACAAAAAUUGCUGGUUAUUUUGGCCACAGAUCAGUCCUUGGCAGUAAAGAAAAAGGCUCUUUUUGCUUUGUCAUCGAUGCUGCGACACUUUCCUUAUGCCCAGCAACAAUUUCUCAAACUUGGAGGCCUUCAAGUACUCAGGAAUCUUUGCACAGAGAAAGGAAUGGAGAUACUGUACAUCCGCACUGUGACCCUUCUCUAUGACUUAGUGGUAGAAAAGCAAUUGCUCAAGAACCGUGACGACGAGGAGGAAGCUCAUGAGAAAACUCAGCAAUACAGUCAGGUGAACCUGAUGCCCGCCAUUGUGGAACAAGGCUGGUGCACAAUCAUUUCGAACCUCCUGAGGACGCCGGAGCACGACAGCCGGGAGAAGGUGCUCAAGACGGUGCAUGUCCUGCUCGCCUUCUGUAAGGACGCUUACGCCGAGGAUCCCGUGCUCAACCACGUCCUCAGCCUCCUGCGCCGGGAAUACGAAGAGCUGGCCGAGGAAGAGCGAAAGGAAGGGGACGAAGAUGGCUACUUUAAGGAACUCCUGCACUCUAUAAAUAGCAUCGCCCAACAAUUAAAGUAAAGGGGACAGUAGCCUCAGCGUGUCCAAAGAACCUUUGUGGGGCUUGGGAAGGGUGGUGAUGAAUAAAUCUAUUCUAAUACGUUUUUGGUUUUGUGUCCUGCUCUCAGUAUGGCAAGCCCAUACGCUGGGUAAUAGAAGAAUGGUUGCCUUUUGUCAGCAUUUUUCUGUGCAUUCGAUCCCGAUCAUAGAUACAGGUAGUCCUCGAGUUACGGCCACAAUUGAGCCCAAAAUUUAUGUCGCUAAGUGAAAUGUUUGUUUGGGCCUCUGGUGGCUCAACAGACUAAAGCAGUCUGUUAUUAACAGCAGCUGCUUGCAAUUACUGCAAUUUCAAGUCCCACCAGGCCCAAGGUUGACUCAGCCUUCCAUCCUUUAUAAGGUAGGUAAAAUGAGGACCCAGAUUUUUGGGGGCAAUAAAAGUUGACUUUGUAUAUAAUAUACAAAUGGAUGAAGACUAUUGCUUAACACAGUGUAAGCCGCCCUGAGUCUUCGGAGAAGGGCGGGAUAUAAAUGCAAAUUAAAAAAAAAAGUGGAAUUUGCUCCAUUUUACCACCUUUCUUGCCACAGUUGUUAAGUGAAUCACUGCAUUUUUUAAGUUAACACGGUUGUUAAGUGAAUCUUGAUUCCCCGUUGACUUUGGUUGUCGGAAAGUCGCAAAAGCUGAUCACAUGACCCCGGGGUUCUGCAACCGUCAUAAAUGUGAACCAGUUGCCCAGCAUCUGAAUUUUGAUCAUGUAGCCGUGUGGAUGCUGCAAUGAUCAUAAGUGUGAAAAAUGGUCAUAAGUCACUUUUUUCAGUGCCGUUUUAACUUUGAACAGUCACUAAAUGAACUAUUGUAAAUGGAGGGCUACCUGUAAUUGCAACGUGAAUGUUCAACAAUUUCCGCCACCACUGUGUUAACACAAAAGAAGCCUUUUUGGAAAUGCCAUAGCAUUAAAGGAA